AGUCAACCAUGAAAAAUCGAUAGGAAAAUGGACGUGAGUUCCGCUACGCAAUAAGCUCUUUUUCUGAAGUGGAAAACUCAUAUUUUGACCGUGUUACAAGCAAAGAAUAUUGAGGAUACUUCAUUUGUAAGACUUUAAGGACCUGUUCAACUAAUUUGGGACCUUUAAAAGAGGUCGAGAUGGCAGAAAGUGUCAAAGUAGCGGUGCGAUGUCGACCAUUCAACUCCAGAGAGAAGGCUCGCAAUGCCAAGCUCAUCAUCGACAUGAGUGGGAAUACGACCACCAUCACCAAUCCUGAAGACCCCAAGGAGGAGCCCCGCAAGUUCAACUUUGAUUACAGCUAUUGGUCACAUGAUGGGUACAAAGCACCGGCUACCGAUGAUGGCUAUCUGGAACCAUCCAACAGCAAAUACUGUGAUCAGAAACGAGUGUUUGAAGAUCUUGGUAAAGGUGUUUUGGCCAAUGCUUGGCAAGGUUACAACUCUUGUCUCUUUGCCUAUGGGCAGACGGGAUCAGGCAAAUCCUACUCCAUGGUAGGAUAUGGAGAAAAUAAAGGUAUUGUACCCAUCUUCUGUGAUAGAAUCUUCCAAGAGAUAGACCAGAAGAAGUCGGAAGGUGCGAAGGCUGAGUAUGAGGUAUCCUACAGCAUGUUAGAGAUCUACAACGAGCAGGUCCGUGAUCUACUCAAUCCUGCAUCCAACAAGAAGGGCGGUCUGAAGAUCAGAGAGCAUCCCAAGAAGGGAUUCUAUGUUGAGCAACUUCGCCAGACACCUGUGCAGAGCUAUGCCGAGAUCCAAGCCCGUAUGGACGAAGGAGUUCGCAACCGAACCGUCGCUGCGACCCAGAUGAAUGCUACAAGCAGUCGAGCCCAUACCAUCAUGAGCAUCAUCUUCACACAGAAGACCAUCAAUGAUGCGGGCCAGGAGAUGGCUAAGACUUCUAUUGCCAAUCUUGUGGAUUUGGCUGGAAGUGAGAGAGCAGAGUCCACAGGAGCUACCGGUGAUAGAUUGAAGGAAGGAGCCGCUAUUAACCAAUCUUUAUCAUCGCUUGGUAACGUCAUAUCAGCUCUCGCAGACAAAUCAAAGGGCAAAAAUGUGAAAGUUCCAUUCCGUGAUUCCGCACUGACGAAGCUGCUGAAGAAUGCCCUCGGCGGUAACAGCAAGACAAUUAUGGUUGCUGCCCUCAGUCCUGCAGAUAUCAACUAUGAUGAAACACUCUCCACAUUGAGAUAUGCUGACCGUGCCAAGCAAAUCAAGACCGUUGCUAUAGUGAAUGAAGAUCCAACAGAAAAGCUGAUCAGGGAAUUGAAAGAGGAGAAUGCUCGGCUGUUAGAAGCAAUGAAGAAAGGAGGCAUAGUGGCCGUCGCCCCUAGUGAUCAAGAAACCGCUGGAAUGACAGAAGAAGAAAAGGAGCGUUUGAAGAAAGAAAUGGAGGAGGAGAUGGCCGCUCGACUCUCCGAUAAUGAGAAGGAGAUGGAAGAGAUGAAGAAGACAUGGGAAGAGAAACUAAGACUAGCACAGGCUGCAAAUGUAGGUGAUGAUUCCGAGCGAGCCAAGAAAGAAGCACGUAAGAACACCCCUCAUCUUUUCAAUCUUAACGUGGACCCCGCCCUCUCUGGCAUGAUCGUGCACAUCCUCGCUCCUGGCAGUUACAACAUUGGCAGUGAUAAGGCAGAAAAUAAACCUCAAGUUGUACUCAAUGGACUGAGUAUUCAAAAGGAGCACGCUGUCAUCACAAAUGAAGGAGGUAAAGUCUUCAUCGAGAAGGUCAGUCCGAUGGCGAAACUUCUUGUGAAUGGUGACCCCAUUACGUCCAAGAUGGAACUUGAUCAUAAUGAUAGAGUGAUGUUUGGAUCCAAUCAUCUGUAUGUAUUCCAACAUCCUGCAUUGCAGAAGGCUAGCCCUAAAACAUACACGGUGGUGACGUAUGAACAGGCUCAGCAAGAGAUCGCAGAGAAGAAUGGCUUUGACAUGUCCUCAAAGAAAUCAGGAGAGGAUUUACUUCUUCAAGAGGAACUUGUAGAGAUGAUUCCCAUGGUUGAGGAGGCUAAUGCAAUCAGUGAAGAACUCGAUAGGAAGGUCAAGUUUGAAAUUGUUGUCAUGUCACCUAAGGCUAGAGGAUUAUCUCAUGGCCGCACCGAGGUCUGUGUGAAGCUCCGUAACCUGCAGAAUGAGCUGGAGUACGUCUGGUCCAGAGACAAGUUCGUCAGACGCAAGUACCUCAUGCAGGAGAUGUAUCAGAACUUUGCUGAGGGAUCUGACUGGCAACUUCCCGAUGAGAAGGAUCCAUUCACAGAACCAUUGAACACCAAUGUCCAGAUUGGGGUGGUCAAUGUUUAUCUUCAAAGUAUAGCAUACAUGAUCGAGACAAAAGAAUCUCUUGAAAUCAGUGAUUACCGUGGCAAGCAGCAAGGUUUGCUGGAUGUAGAGAUCGUACCAUGUGACGUAAAGGGUAAAGAACUCACCGAGGCUGAUGACGUCUUUGUUGAUGACCCCAAGGAUCUGAUUGGUCGAUGUGUAAACUUUGUCAUCAAGAUUAAGACGGUGACCGGUGUUCCAAACAGAUUUAAGGACAUAUAUUGCGCCUACAAGAUGUAUCUGGAGAGUGAGGAGAACAAGACGGCCUGCAAAGACAGCACCGGAUCAUCGGACUUUGCCUUCCGCAAGUUCUACAACUUCCAGGUAGCCACGUCCCAGCUCGUGGACUACCUUCAGAAUGGGAUGUUGACGAUGGCGAUAUGGGGUCGACAGGAGCCGAAGACAUCAACCAGGGCCAAGAACCUCAACACGGCCCAGAUCAUGAUGUCGGAGACGCUUGCCAAGGGAUCCAGCUCGGCUUCUGUCGCCAACAUGGAGACGGCUCUUGAUACCAACAAGGUAGCGCAUCAUUUCCAAAUGGCCAUCUACAAGAAGAAGCAAGAACGCAUGGACAUGAAAAUGAAUCAGAUGAAGAAGAUGUUGGAGGUCGCCGAGCGUCACGGCAAGGAGCGCAUCCAGGUUGAGCUGAUCAAACAGUUAAUGAUAGCAUCUAAUAAUCAGAUAGCCGACAAGGUCAUUGCAAGGAUACCUAAAGACCAGGGUGGUGGAUCAAGCAAUAAUGCUGGCCAUCCAGCGCCAAGAGAGACCAACUCAUCUGUUUGCAGUAUCAUGUAAUCACCAUGGAAUGAUAUACACCUCAAUAUAAGAUCAGUGUCAACCAGCUAAAAAGCAACUUUCAAACCAAAGAUAUAAGGAUUACUUUUAAAGCAUUUUUUUAUUGAAAUGUCAUGUACACAGGAGGAUUGGCUUUCAUAUUGGCACUUGUGAAAGCAAUGAUUGACUGACAUUUGUGUUUUAGAGAUGUAGUUUUUUAAUACCUUCUGUGAGUCGAGAGUUCUAUGGCUAUUUUGUUAUUUCGAGAAAGUGUCUUGCAAGCAUGAAAAAAAAGCCAGUAUGAUGAAAUCCUUAGGCACUUGGGGCCCGUUUUAUAAAGAGUUGCAACUGUUGUAACUUUGCCAUUAUGGCACCUACCAUGAUGGCAACCUUGAGUUUGAUCGGCUGCUGAGCCCUGUUGCCAUGGUAUUUGCCAUAAUGGCAAAGUUACAACAGUUUGCAACUCUCUAUGAAAUGGGCCCCUGGUCUUUUGAUACGUCUAAAUUUUUAAAUUGUAAAGUAAAAUGUAUUCCAUCCCUGGGGCCCGUUUCAUAAAGUUGUUCGUAAGUUAAGAGCGACUUUAAGAACGACUGGUGAUCCUUUCUUGUGGUAAAUGAUGUUCACCAUUAUACGUUGGUGAUUAUUUAGCGCAUAAGAAAGGAUCACCAGUCGUUCUUAAAGUCGCUCUUAACUUACGAACAGCUUUAUGAAACACCCACCUGAACAAAUUCAGUUUCAAUUCAAAGUUUGGCAUGAAUUCAAAUUGGUUAUGGAGGUUAGUAUUUAUCCUACCAAGACCUGACCAUGUUGACUGAGGCUGUAUUUUGAAUGAGAAGUGCUUAUACAUGUUUUUCAACGAAUGACCAAUAUCACUUCAAAAUCAGCCAAAUGUUUGAGACUGAAUAUGUUUACAGGUUAUGAAUUCCAUGGGCAUUUCUGUAUAAUAUUUGUAUUGAUAGAACCAUUGGCAUUAAUGAAAAGCAAAAGGAAGCUGCCCUCACUGACUAAAAAAUUGUGAUUAUAAUCAAUUAUCCUCUUAAAUUUUCUGUAAUAUUGAACUUUUGUGCUUUUUUUUUAAGCUCAUAUAGCUACAACUAAUUUGACACUCAUUUAGUUUGCAUGCCUUCUUUAUGCUUAUACUUUGUACACAUGAAAAAAAAUGAUUCAUUAUGAAUACUUGUCAAUCAUGCAGUUGACCGAUGACUUGAAGAAAAAAAUAUAUGUAUACAAAUAU